AUGAGCACGGUCGAUAAGCUGCUCAUCAAGGGCAUCCGUGCCUUCGGGUCGGACCGGGACGCGGUCAUUGUGUUCUCCAAGCCCUUGACACUGAUCGUGGGGCACAAUGGAGCCGGGAAGACGACGAUCAUCGAGUGCCUCAAGCAGGCCACGACGGGCGACAUGCCCCCCAACACGAGGAACGGGGGCGGGUUCGUCCACGACCCCAAAGUCGCAGGCACGUCGGAGACCAAGGGCCAGAUCAAGCUGAAGAUAACCACGGCGAGAGGGAUCCCGCUGAUCAUCAACCGCAACUUCCAAGUCAAGCUGCAGAAGAAGUCCGGGCAGACGUUCAAGUCGCUGGACGCGACGGUGCAGACGCGCAACCAGCGCACGGGCGAGGCCGAGAGCCUGUCGUACAAGAACGCCGACAUGGACCGCAUGGUGCCCAACAUGAUGGGAGUGUCCAAGGCCAUUCUUGAAAACGUGGUCUUCGUGCACCAGGAGGACUCCAACUGGCCGCUCGGCGAGCCCGCGGCGCUGAAGAAGCGCUUCGACGAGAUCUUCGCCGCCACGAAGUACUCGAAGGCCAUCGAGCAGCUCGGGCGGGUCAAGAAGGAGCAGGCGCAGGCAGCAAAGGAGGGGAAGCUGAAGCUGGCGACGCUCGAGAGCCACCAGGCGCAGGCGGCGCGGCUGCGCGAGGACGUGCGGUCGAACGAGGACAACGCGCGGCGGCUCGAGGAGCAGAUGGGCGCGCAGCGGGCGGCGGUGGAGGAGCUGGAGCGGGCGCUGGAGGGCGCGCAGCGGGUGCUGGCGCGGCUGGCGGAGAUCGAGCGCGGGGACGCGAGCGAGCGCGCGCAGCGCGAGAUGCUGCAGCGGGCGAUGGAGGACGCGUCGGCGCGCAUCGGCGGCGAGGUCCCGUCAGACACCCUGGAGGACCUGGAGGCGUUCCUGCGCGACGAUCUCGACGCGCGGAUCCCGGCGCUGCGCGCGGACCUCGCGCGCCACGAGAAGCGCGCGGACCAGCUCUCGAUCGCGCUCGAGUCCACCAAGGCGCGGCGCCUCGAGGAGAUGCGCCGCCAGGGCACGCUGCUUGCGAAGCGGGACCGGGCGACGCAGGACGCCGCGGAGCGCGAUGCCGCGCUGCGGGACGCGUGUGCGGAGUACGGCGUGGACCUCGCGGGCGCGGGGGUGCCCGCGGCGGGGCCGCUGGACGACGCGGCGUACGCGGCGGGUGUGGCGGCGCUGGAUGCGCACAAGAGGGCGCUGGAGGCGGCGCUGGGGGAGAUGCAGGCGGAGAGCCGGGCGGCGGACGCGGCGUUCGCGAAGGACGUGGAUGGGGUGGUGACGGAGGCGACGCGCGUGCGCGAGACGGCGCGGGCGGGCGCGGAGCGCCGCGCGGCGUGCGAAAAACGCGCCUCCGAGGCCCGGGCGCGCGCGCUCGCGCUCGCGGCGUCCGAGGAGGAGGUCGCGACGCUCGAGGCCGCCGCGGCGGACGCGCAGGGCGCGCUCGCGCGCGCGCGAGGGAGGCCGCGGAGGCCCCCGCGCUGCAGCGACCACGACGCCGUCACGGCGCGCCUCGACGCCGCGAAGCGCCGCGUCGCGCAGCUGUGGGGCGAGCGCGCGCAGCUGGCCGAGCGCGGCGAGGUCGCGACGCGGCUGCGCGUCAAGGCGCAGGACCUCGCGUCCCGGCGCGCGCAGGUCGAGACGCUACUGCACGGCGCGGUGGAGGGGCGCGGGGGCGUGACGGGGGCGCAGCUGGCGGCGGAGGCGCUGCGGCUGGGCGCGGGGGACGCGGUGCCGGACGCCGCGCGGCUCCCGGCGCUGCUGGAGGCCGCGGCGAGGGACAGGGUGGAGGAGGAGAGGGGGGCGGAGAGGGUGGGGCGGUUGGAGGCGGAGCGAGCGAGCGGGGCGCGCGCGGCGCUGGGGGCGGCGGAGCGGAAGGAGGCGGAGCUCGGGGAGCGCGAGAAGCGGCUGCAGGAGGCCAUCGACCAGGUCCUGAGCGGCCCCGGUGCGAGCGACGCGGUGGCGCUGUCGACGACGGCGUCCGGAGCGCCGCCGACGCAGCCGGGCGUGGACGCGCAGCUGUCGGAGCUGCGGCACGAGCACGGCGAGGCUGCGCAGGAGCACGGGAUGCUCGAGACGGUCAAGAAGCUGUGCGGGGCGUACCUGCGGGAGGCCCAGAAGCGCAACAGGUGCAAGGUGUGCAAGCGCGGAUUCGCGAACGAGGCGGAGCGGGAGGCGUUCUGCGCGGAGCAGCAGGCGACGAUGGAGGAGUCGAGCGACGAGACGCGGGAGCGCGUGGCGCAGCUGCAGGCGCGCAUCGACGCGCUCGAGAGCAUCAAGGGCCCCUGGGAGCGCCUCCGCGAGCUGCGCGCCACGCUCAUCCCGGACGCCCGCGCUGGCACAACGGCUGCACGCGCUGCCCUCGCCGACGCUGAGGAACGCGCCACCGCAGCCGACGACGCGCUCGCCGCGGCCAGCUUGGACGCUCAGGCCGCGCGCGACGCCGUCCGCCUCGUCGGCGAGCCCCUCGCGCGCCUGCAGGCCGAGAUCUCCACCCUGGGGGGGGAGGUAAAGGCCCUCGAGUCUGACGCAGCGGCACAGCGGGGGGCGCGGACGCUCGCGGACGUGGUGCGCGAGAUCGAGGACGCGGAGGGCGAGCAGAAGACCCUGGAGACGCAGCGCGAGGUGCUGCUCGGGAGAAUAUCGCGUGGGAAGGAUCAGAUUCUGUUGGCAACGGAGGAGGCGCGGUCAGCGGGGGACCGGGCGCGGGACGCGCGCGCGCGGCUGGAGGAGCGGCGGAAGCUCGAGGCGCUGGCGAAGGAGGCGGCGGAGGCGGCGGAGGCGGCGGCGCGCGAGGCGGCGGGGGCGAAGAGCGCGCUCGCUCCGCUGGAGGCGCGGGCGGAGGAGCUGCGGCGCGCGCGGGCGGCGGCGGGCGCGGAGGCGAGGAGCAGGGAGGACGCCGCGAGCGCGUCGAUCUGGGAGGUCCAGGCGGCGAUGGACGGCGCCGCGCGCGCGGCCGAGGCCGCGGCCUCUUUCGUCCGCGACGGCCACGCCGAGCAGCUGCAGCGCACGGACACGCUGCUGGCCACGCUGGCGCAGGAGGCCGCGGCACACGAGGAGCAGGCCAAGCUGGAGCGCGCGGAGGUGCGCAGCAUCGAGCACGAACUGUCGCGCGCGGCGGAGGACCGCGGACUGAUCGAGGGAUCGCUCGCGUACCGGCGCGCGGAGCGCCAGCUGCAGCAGCUCGACGCCGCGUCGGCGGACCGCGCCAGCGAGCGCGCGAGCCUCGGCGACCCCGACGGCAUCCGGUCGCGUCUGCGGCACACCAAGACGGAGCUCGACGAGGCGCUGGAGCGGCUCAACAUGAUGCGCGGGUCGCACCAGACGGUGAUCGGACAGGCGGCGCGGAGCGCGGAGGACCUGCGGCACCCGAACUACGACGGCAUCGACCAGCGAUACCGGGACCAGAAGAUCGAGGUGCGGACGUCGGAGAUGGCGGCGGCGGACCUGGAGAACUACGGCAAGGCGCUCGAGCGCGCGCUGCAGUCCUUCCACGCCGAGCAGAUGGAGGCCAUCAACCGCACGGUCCGCGAGUUGUGGCAACGCACGUACCGCAACUCCGACAUCGAUUUCAUCGAGAUCCGGUCGGACUCCGAGGGCGCGACGGCGCGCUCGAAGUCGUACAACUACCGCGUCGUGAUGCACACGGGCGGGACGGAGCUCGACAUGCGCGGCCGGUGCUCCGCGGGACAAAAGGUGCUGGCGUGCCUGAUCAUUCGUCUGGCGUUGGCGGAGACGUUUUGCCUCAAGUGUGGGAUCCUCGCGCUGGACGAGCCGACGACGAACCUGGACCGCGAGAACUCGCGCUCCCUCGCCGAGGCGCUCCGCGGCAUCAUCGACGCCCGCCGCGGGCAGCGCAACUUCCAGCUCAUCGUCAUUACGCACGACGAGGAGUUCGCAACAUGGAUCGGGACGCGGGAGUUCGCGGACCACCUGUGGCGCGUGGAGAAGGACGAGCGCGCGUGCUCGCGGCUGACCAAGGAGUCGAUCUGA